CAAUGCUGGGCAUGUGUUCUUAGUCUUGAAUAUCGUGUAGCAGAAAGCAGAAAUUAAGGUUAGUUCAAAUUUGUAAGAAAUUGGCAAAGAAAAAGCAAGAGGCAAGUAUACAAAUAUUUCACAAAAACGCCAAUUAUGGAUGGCUCUGGAAAUAAUCGUUAUGAACUUUUGUUCAUGGACGAUGAUAUUAGUGACCCAUUAGAUAAUGCUGCGAGCAAGUCGAAAAAGCAGGUUAAGACUGCUGGUGGCAGUGGGGGUAGUGCACCCUCCACAAAGUCAUCGAAUAAACAAAAUGUCGACGGUCCUACAAGAGUACAAUCGAAUAAAAAACCCAACCAAGCUGAAAAAGAGAAUAAGCCAUCAGCCUUGAACAAAAAUGAACUGAAUAAGAAGUCACCGACUGGUAAUGCUGUGGAUAGAACUAGCAAGCAAGGUGGGUCAGCUACUAACACCAAUCGCAAACGGACUGGUCCCACUACCGAUGGUGGUCAAGGUGGUCAACAGCAACAAGGCACGAGAAACUUAAAUUUUAGGCAGCAAAACGAUGAAUCUCGUGAACAACGUAAUAACCGUCGAAAUGCUCGAGAAAAUGGAUACAAUGGGAAUUUUGGAAAUCAGAUUGACGGAUCAUCACAGCAGCAACCACGACAAUUUCGGGAUCGCGAUAAUCGGGGACCACCACGCAACCGCAAUUUCGAAGGUGGCAAUCGUGGGGGAAAACGUGAAUUCGAUCGCCAAUCGGGAUCUGAUAAAACUGGUGUAAAAGCAAUUGACAAACGUGACGGUGCUGGCGCACAUAAUUGGGGAUCUGUCAAGGAAGCUAUUGAUGACGUCAAUAAGAGCGAUGUCGAGGGUGGCAAUGUUACUGAUAAGGCUGAAGAAUCUGGUAACGAACAAGCUGACCAAACGCCGGUCGAAGAAGAAACCAAAGAAUUAACGCUAGAUGAAUGGAAGGCGCAAAAACAACAACGAGUCAAACCAACUUUCAACAUUCGUAAAGCUGGAGAAGGUGAAGACACAACUCAAUGGAAGAAAAUGGUAGUUCUAAAUAAUAAUAAGAAAAAGGAGAAUGAAAGUGAAGAGGAACUUGAAUACGAUCCUGCCAUGUACCCUCAGCGAGUUGGACGUCAACAACGUGUACUUGACAUCCAAUUUAAUUUCAAUGACGGCCGCCGAGGUGCUGGUUUUGGUGGGCGUGGGCGUGGCCGUGGACCUCGUCCAGGAGGUAACGCUCCUAAUCCCAAUGCUAACACCACAACCAAUUUCAAUGCUACCGAACGACCACCAAUUGGUGGUGGACGCGGCGUUAAUGCAGGCAGAGGCGGAAAGCGUAACUUUGGCGGUUUUAGACAACAAAAUGUUGCUCCAAAAGUCAACGACGAACGUCAAUUCCCAACUUUGGCUUAAAAGUUCUGCAUUUUUGUGGCGUAGACGCAAUAUCAAAAACAAAAAAGAACAACUAUUAAAACAUAAUGAAAUUAAAGAAGCAAAUAAAAUAUGAGGAUCAAGAAUUAA